GCCGAGGGCGAUGCACCAGACGGCGAGGCGCCGAGAGCAGAGUUCUCGAGGAGAAGCCGCGACGAGGACGUGGAUGAUCCUAGCGACCCUCCAUUGGCCAUAUGGGAGUGGGUGCUCGCUGGCGGCGUUCUCCUGACUAUAUGGUGCAUCUCUGUUUGGAGGCAUAAUCGGCGAGAGUGGCUACAGGCCCUGCCCCUCGCAAUCUGGCAGGAGCACCGGGACUACGUGGCGCCGAUGGGGCUACUCCUGUCGCCCUUCUUUUUCGGGAACGUGCCGUUCAAGGAGGUGGUCCAGUGGAUGCGGACAGCCAUCAAAGAGUACGAGUGA